UCACAAUGAUUAUAAGAAUAGAAACAAAAAACACGACGCCACUCAAGAGUUGACUCAAAGUUUCAAUUGUGACUUGACUGAGGUAAUGAGAAAAUGGAAGAUUAUUUUGGCUCAAUACCGAAGAGAAAAGAAGAAAAUAUCGGAUUCAAAAUCUUCAGGUUCUGGGUUUUCAGAUGUAUAUAAGCCAAAAUGGUUUGCUUAUGCAUAUUUGAAUUUCUUUCAUGCAAGGGAUGAACCGAACACCAGCAUGAACUCGCAAGAUGAAAUAAAUGAACAGCUAAUACAAGAACAUACUACAGUAAAUGAAAGUCAAGAGUCAUCUCAUGAAAGGCCAGUAGAAAAGUUUAAGGCUCCAAAGAACUCGUUGAAACGUCGUGCUGUCGAUGAAGACCCGAGAAUUUCCCAUGCUUUGUCCAUUAUGGACAACGUAAAUAAGCAGAUGGAAGCAAGAAAACGUGACGAUGAUGACAUUUUUGCUGCAGGCGUCGCAACGAAAUUAAGAAAAAUUAAAGAUGAGCGAAAGAAGAUUUUAGUGCAAAGGGACAUUGAUAAUUUGCUGUAUGACGCGAUUAUUGGUACUGGAAAAUAUGCUACGACUCGAAUUCCUUCACCUUAUUCAGAUUCGUCAAACUCACAAGGUCAGGUACCGCUUUCAAGUUUUCAAGCCCGCAAUGGUGAUUUUGACGACGACCUUUUACGCCAGCAUAACAGCGAAAUAUUAACUUGGCAAGAUAUGUAG